AUAUGUAACUAGAUAUAGUGAAAACGUGUUUGCUGUGUUUGACGUGAGACGAGAGUAGAAAAAUAUUGGAAACAAUGGCGGACGAAGAAUUACCAGCGGGUUGGGAAAAACGUUUAAGCAGAUCUACUGGACAACAUUAUUAUUUAAAUGUUUAUACUAAAGAAAGUCAAUGGGAUAGGCCAGAUAAACCAGCUGAUCCAUCUGGAAAUAAUAAAGGAGAUGGUCCAGAAGAAGUUCAAUGUUCUCAUUUGUUAGUAAAACAUUCAGGUUCUAGAAGACCAUCUUCCUGGCGAGAAGAAAAUAUCACAAGAUCAAAGGAAGAAGCUCUUGAACUUAUCAAAUCUUACAGAGAACAAAUUGUAUCUGGAAAAGCAACAUUUGCUGAACUUGCUUCAAAGUAUAGCGAUUGUAGUUCAGCUAAGCGAGGUGGAGACUUGGGACCAUUUAGUCGAGGUGCAAUGCAAAAGCCUUUUGAACAAGCAGCAUUUGCUCUUAAAGUUGGUGAAUUGUCUUCACCAGUUCACACAGAUAGUGGUAUUCAUAUCAUUCAGCGAACAGCAUAAAAUACACUAACCUCCAAUAAAGUAUUAAAUUCUUUAAACAAAAUUUCCUUCAGUUUUGCCGAUAAAAUAUGCCCACAAGGUAGGAAAUUUUCAUAAUUGUAUUCAGAACUGCAUAUGUUUGCUUUCAUGAUGAACAAUUUUUUAUCUAAGGACAAGGUGUAAAUUAUAUUUUCUCUUCAUAAUCCAAUGUCCAGUUAUAUAUUUAUGUCUUCCAGCAAUUUUAGCCCAAGUAGUAUAUUAUAAAAUUUUUAUUCAAUAAUGUGUGCAUACAGUGAAAACAACAAAAAUUUUUAUGAAUGACACAAGAUAAAAUAGAUAAACUUUAUGUACACCUUUAACAGUAUCUUUUAAUCUAAUUUGCUAACCUUACAUUCCUUAAAUGUGAAAAGAUAAGCAAUGAUUAGAUUAACAAACGUUUUUAUUGGUUUUUAUUUCAUGUAAAAUAUAAAGUAUUUUAUAAAAAAAGAAACAAAUAUUUAAAUUUCGAUUUUUUUCCUUUUCUAAUUUAUUCUAAUGUAAAAAGCAUUUAUUCUUCUUUUACAUUGAUCCAGUGCAUCAAUUAUCAUAAGUCUUAAUGUGAAUAUUUGUGAACAAUACAAAUAAGAAGCAUGAAAAACGAAUUUUGUUACUUUCUCUUGUAUUACAGUGAAAAAUGUUUUAUUAAUCUUAAAUUAAAUUGCUAAAUAAAUUUCAAAUGAAAUGUUUUAAUCUGCAAAUAAGAUGAAUUUAACAUUAAUAAAAUAAAAUACAAAUAUGUAUAAUUACGAAGUUUUUGCUCAAACACGGACAGUUAUUCAUAUCAUAAUUUUAGUAUUAUUGCAGCUUAUUUUAUAAAUAGAUAUACUACUUUUUAUUACUCAGAAGACAUUUAUAUACAAUUUAGUUCAAGCAUUUUUAUUUAUGCUUAUUUCAGUUCUCAUUAUAAACAAUUUUCUUUAAAUACUAAACAAUAUAGAAAUAUGUAUGUUCCUAAAUUUUGUUGGAUGUUGUAAACGUGUCAUUAAAAAUAGGGUCAUUUAAAAUCAAUUAAUGGUAAAUUUUAAUAAAUAUAAGUUACAUACAGUUUUUAUUUUAUUUUAGUAGUUUUGUGAAAAAAGUUUUUAAUUCAAACGUGAUAUAAAAGAAACUUGUUCAGAGAUUAUAACAUUCUCAAGUUUUCUAGUCUACCAUCCAUACUGAGAAUUUACUGUUUUUCUAAAAACUGUGAAUAUUUGUGGAAUACAUUCUACUUAUUAUGUUAAGUUAUAUGUGUUAUAAUUGUUACAAUUAUUUCUUAUUGUUUAGCUUACAAUGCAUUUAAUUUAAUCUAUAUGUAUGUACAAUAUGUAUGUGUGACUUUGUUCCUCAAAGAUGUAUUAUGAAGUAAAAUUAAUGCAAAUACACAAUACAAUGCAUUUAUCUAAAUCAAUAAAACAGCACGUUUAAAUUAAAAUUAAUUAGACAUAUACGGAUCCUAAUUGCUUUUUUAAUACAUGUAAUUAUUACAUGAGCGUUUGUGCACUUUGUUUUUAAUAAAAUCGUUACUUAUGAAUAAACUGCUAUUUUCUCAAUAGUAGUCACGAUAAAUGCAUUAUUCUAUUAAAAAAUGUAUUCAAAAAGAACUACGAGAAACAAUGAAAUAUAUAUAACAAACAUUA